AUGUUUUUGAAACAUAGUCAAGUAAAAGAUGCUUUAGAGGGUAAAGUACGUAUUAUUUUUUCCGGAGCUGCACCUCUGUCUAAACAUGUUGAAGGUUUCCUGCGUGUGGUGACUUGUGCUCAUAUCCUACAAGGAUAUGGUCUUACUGAAACAUGUGCCGGAUCCUUUUUGGCAAUACCAAACGAAAUAGAUAUGCUUGGUACAGUUGACCCUACUUUACCAUAUCUGGAAGUGUGUCUGAAAUCUGUGCCUGAAAUUGUUAGAAUCAAAUGCUGGAAAACUUACUUAAUUGAAUAA